UCUUUGAUAACAUUAUCAGUAUGCUCUUUUACUAUGUCGAUUACUGGUGUUUAGGGCAUAUGUUAUUUAUUAUGUUUUAGUUUUGUUGUAGUUCCAUUUUGUUAUAAUUAUAAUGUAGUGGUGACAACUUCUAACAUGGCAUUCUGGACAAAGUUUUUGUUUAUUUUUUUGCUUACUAGUAUUCGUGUACAAAAUGGAACAAGUGAAGGUGAGUGUUCGUUUUGCGUGGGCGAACAGUUCGAGUGUAUUAACGAAAAUUGUUACUGCGCCACAGGCUACGUACCAAAUUAUCACAAUACAGAUUGUACAAUAUGUCCAGGAUUAGGAGAAAAAUGCUACGGGCCUUGCUGCAGCGAGAACUCUAACGAAACUCUUCAAUGCUGGCGAGGUAUCUGUCAGUCUUGUUAUGACCUACACGGUAAUUGGAUUUGCAGAGAUUCAUUGGACCAAAUUAUUCUUGUAUCUGGUUCACAAAUAAUAAUGGCUAUCGCUCUGGUGCUUGGAAUUAUUGCUACUUUUACAUUGCUCUACAAACUUUGUGCUGUGACGAAUCUGAGACCCCUUGGGAAUCACUCGAGCGAAAGUCGACUAUCAGUUGGGAGUUUGCAAAUAUACGUAAAUGAACGUUUAAGAGAUGCGCCACCAAGGUAUUCAAGAACAGCGCCCUCUGGUUCAGCAAUAUACCCUGCAGCUGUUUAUCUUAAUGCAGGAUUUGUACAUGACAACAGCUUACCCCCACCGCCGUACACACCUGAACAAAAAAAUGAUAAUGAAACUAAUACAACAAUUCAUAUGUGAAAAAUCUCACGAAUGUAACAAUAAUUGUUAAGGGUUCACGUCGAAAAAAUACGAUUCAUAUUGCAAGAUAGCAAUUCCGUUACAUGUAUAACUUUCUUAUUUUUUUUAAACUAGAUAUAAGUAAUGAAUUAGUCUGUACCUAUGUACAUUAUUAUUAGUCAUUUCUAUUGAACACUUUUUACAUUAAGAAUAAUAAUAAUUUUCGCCAAAUUUAAAAUAUCAACCGAAAGCCGUUCUUUUGCAACGCAAUUCUAAAUAUAAUUACGUAAAUAAUUCUUUUAUCUAUGGCUAGGUACGCAUAAUGUGAAAUGUAAAUAAUGACAUUAUUAAUCUGAAAAUAUUGUGAUAAACUAUAUUAUAAAACACUUUUGUUUUAUUGUAUUAUUAUUUUUACUACCUAACUGUAAAGUUAUAGUUAGAUUAAAUUAAUCUUAAAUUUCUGUAUAGUUUUAAAUUUAUAGGUACCUUUUAUUUAUACAAGUCCGUACACGUGUUUAAUUAUUAUCUAAUCGAUGUAGGUAGCAUUUAAGAUGCUCUUGAGAAGGCUAAGUACAAAAUGUUAUGUAGCAACUGUACUUGAUAUGAUCUAAUGAAAAAUUAAAUUAUUAUAACUUGUUGGUAAAA